AGGAAAAAAACAUUAUUUAUUUAUAUGACAAUAUAGAGAAGACAAUGUCUGAUGUUCAUCUUGUAUAUAAGAUAUUAUUCAGCAAAACGGACGGUAUGUGCAUCUUCAUUCUUAUCCGACUGCGCAAUACAAUGACUAUCGACUAGUAAGAAUUAACUGAUUCUUAUUAAAGAGAGAGGAGGAAAGAGAAAGAAAGCAAAAAAUAGGAUUAACCUCGAUAUGUACGAGAAUGGUCAUACACAAUAAAUAAGGUCAUACACAUUAAAUCGUUGUAGAAGAAUAACAAAAUAAAAAAACCUACUAGAACACUGUAACUAUAAUAGAUUUAUUUUAUUUCUGUAGAAAUUGACUGAAUCUUCUCAGUGUUGUUAGUUAACUACCUCUCUUACUAAGUAAGUUCUUUCUUUCUGUGAGACGCAGCAAUAAUUUAUGACUCAAUGUUAGCUGUACAUAUUUUGACAGUAUGAAUAAUUUCUUCUUUCUUAGACUAUUUUGAAAAUUUGUUUGCGUAUUAUUCUUUGUAUGUUCGUUUUUAUUUGGUUUUGAUAAUGAAAUAUCCUGUAUAGAAGUUAGUUGAUGCUAUUAACAGUGAUAUAAGUUAAAUUGAAGGUUCAAAACACUUUAAAGUACGUGAAAGAACAAUACGUUCACGUCGACAAAAUCCUUCGCAAAAAUUUGGUGAUGGUCGUUAUCGUUGUUUGAACAAGGAACAAGAAGAUUUUCUUUUAUCAAUAUUUAAAUUAUUGCCCGAAUAUGGAUUCACAAUUACUGCUGAUGUUGCAUUUAAACUUUCGAAUGAAUAUUUUAAGUCUAUUGGAUUAUCGUUUAAACCAGGUCGUAAAUGGUUAAUGUCGUUUGUUAGCCGCCACAAGACGGAAAUCAAAUGGAGAAAACAACAAAAACUUGAACAAAUUCGAGCAAAAGAAUUUACACAAGAAAGAAGAAAAUCUUGGUUUGCUCUUUAA